UACGGUUUGUGCAGUUAUGUUCAUUAAAACAUUCUUGCGCGGAUUGGGGUGACGGAAGGGGGGGCUUUAUAUAAUGAACUGCAUGCUUUCACGUGAAAUGACUCUUUAAAAGCGCGCGAUCACAGCGAGGCACAGCGCGAAACGACCAGACAGAGACGCGUGAGAAGUCUCGACCAUCGCUGCGUUCAAUAAAAACAUAAUAAAGAAAGGCGUCAGUAUGGCCUCGUCGUCUCCUCUGCCGGAGGGCUUCUCCGAGUUGGACGUGUUCUCCCUCGGAUCGUGUCUGCUGGUGGAGGGUCUACUGGGCAUCUGCCUGAAUGUGGUGACGAUCGUUGCUUUCCUCAGAGUCAGAGAGCUCAGAACUCCCAGUAAUUUCCUGGUGUUCAGCUUAGCCAUGGCUGACAUCGGCAUCUCCAUGAACGCCACCGUUGCAGCGUUCUCCAGCUUUCUGAGGUACUGGCCCUACGGCUCAGAUGGGUGCCAAACUCAUGGCUUCCAGGGGUUUAUGACAGCUCUUGCCAGCCUCAACUUCAUUGCAGCCAUUGCUUGGGACAGAUAUCACCAGUAUUGCACUAGGACAAAGCUGCGGUGGAGCAGCGCCAUCAGUCUGGUCGUUUUUGUCUGGAUGUUUUCUGCUUUCUGGGCAGCGAUGCCCCUCAUUGGCUGGGGGGAGUAUGACUACGAGCCUCUCAGGACCUGCUGCACAUUGGACUACAGCAAGGGAGACAGAAACUACGUGUCCUACUUGAUCCCGAUGAGCAUUUUCAACAUGGGCAUUCAAGUGUUUGUUGUCAUGUCCUCCUACCAGUCCAUUGCACAGAAAUUCAAAAAGACUGGAAACCCCAAGUUCAACCCCAACACUCCUCUUAAGACUCUACUGUUCUGCUGGGGACCCUACGGCAUUCUGGCCUUCUACGCUGCUGUGGAGAACGCCAACCUGGUCUCGCCUAAACUCAGAAUGAUCGCCCCCAUCCUGGCUAAGACUUCUCCCACCUUCAACCCGCUCCUGUAUGCUCUGGGAAACGAGAACUACAGAGGAGGCAUUUGGCAGCUUCUCACUGGGGAAAAGAUCAAUGUGCCUCAAACAGACAAUAAGUCCAAAUAAACAUAAUUUAUUCAGCUUGA